CCUCGAGAACAGCAUGUCAGUAGUUUGCUGAAAGGCGACGUGAGGAACCUGACUUACUGAAAUGCUGCAGCUUUAUAGAGUUAAAUACAGAUCUGUUGGUAACGCGUGAGGUUUUUCGUUCACUGCAAGUUGAAUUCUAUGGGAGAUAAACGCCAGAGAGCAAGAGUGCAGGGCUCUUGGGCCAAACCUGUUCCCAAACCAGCAUGUUCAACAGCACCGAGGGAGCAAAAGUCUGGGUCAUGGAAGGCUGGACCUGUAACGUUCGAGUUCAAUCAGCCCGCUGAGCCCAUCAGAGUGAUGCCUGUGGAGAAGGUGAUCAAAGAUGCUGGGGUUUAUGAGAUCAGCCAAGGUCCCACCGGCAUAUCCAGACUGCGACUCCUUCCUGGGUUUGUGUCCCAGGAGCAAGCAGACUGGAUGUUCUCUAAACUGUUGGCUGAGCUUCCAUGGUCACAGAAGACCAAUUAUGGCAUGAUGGGUGAAGCAUAUGAGGAACCGAGGUUGACCUGCUGGUAUGGAGAACUUCCUUACACAUAUUCUCGCUCCACGAUGCAAGCUAACCCGAAGUGGCAUCCCAUCCUCCUGAAUCUGCGCCAGACUAUAGAGCAGGAGAUAUCUCGUACCUUUAACUCAUUGCUGUGUAACCUGUACCGUGAUGGGAAGGACAGCAUUGCUUGGCACAGUGAUAAUGAGGCAUCUUUAGGCCCCCACCCCACCAUAGCCUCUCUCAGUCUUGGGGACACAAGGGUGUUUAGCCUCCGGAAGAAGCCUCCUCCAGAAGAAAAUGGAGACUACACGUAUGCAGAGAAGGUGAAGAUACCAUUGAGUCAUGGAACACUCUUAAUAAUGGAGGGAUGCACUCAAGAAGACUGGCAGCAUCAGGUGGCGAAAGAGUACCAUGACCGUGGGCCUCGGAUAAACCUGACCUUUCGUACAAUCUACCCUGAACCAGUAUAUUCCUCCAAGAGAUGAUGGAUAAUGGAAAAGAGACACAAGAAGAGCUACAAGAUGUGGAAAAGCGCAGGCCAUUUACUGGAGGUGGAAGGGAUGUGAUUAAUAUACAUUACAUUAACAUAUAUUGAUAAUGAUAAAUGAUUUCUUUGCCUCAAACCAAAUGGAAGUGGAAUACAGUUAGUCUUGAUAAGCGUUGCUUGAAACAAAGUCUAGUGUUAUUUACAGUUGUGGUCAGAACUUUACAUACAGGUACAUGAAUAUAAUGUUAAUAUUGGGCUUUUAAUGAUCUCUUUGUACAACAGAAUAGUUGUACAACAUGGAUAAAAGCAAGAAUUUGGUGCACAUGUAAUUUAUUUUGGGUUUUCUGAAAUCAACACGGUGAAAAUUUAUACAUGCAGAGUCUUUAUAUAUAAAAAAGGUUAUUCGACGAAAUCGAGUCAUACAUAAGCUGAUGGUCAACGAGCCACAUAGCGCCAAGUUGGCUAUAAGCCAUGCACAAUGAAAUUGAGUGGAAUGACUGUUUUAUUAUAUCCACAUUCACUGGAUUUUGAGAAACUGAGCAUUUUUUAAAUUUUUUGCAAAUUUGAUAGUUUUUUCAAUUCAUGAAAAAUAAGAUGUUCUUACAAUCAAAUACUUUUAUUCCAUAUUUUAACCAUGCUUAAUAGUUGACUGGUCUUUGUGGCUAAACAACUCAAUAUUUGUCUCAUCUAAUCAUAAAGGUUUCCUUCAGAAGUGUUUUCUUUGUUCAUGUGGUCAGCUGCAAACUUUUAGUUGAGCUGGAAUGUGGGGUUUUUUUCCUUUCUUUUUUUUUCCUCCCUUGGACAGCAGCCUCCCAAGUCCAUGCUGACGUAAAACUUGCCUGAUUAUAGAUAGUGUUCUAGCAGUUUCCUGUUUGUGGCAGGCCUGUACCUUAAUGGUUCCUGGAUUGUUCCUGACCAUCCGAACAAAUUUCCUUUCAGAUGAGGGUGACAGUUUGGGUUUUCUUCCACUAAAGUGACUACACCUCUCAACAAUAACUUGCAUACAGUUGUUUGAACUGAUGAUAUUGGAAUCAGCAGCUGUUUAGAAAUUGCUCUGUUUCCUCAGUUGUGUAAAUCCUAUGAUCCUCUUUCUCAGAUCUGCACUGAGCUCCUUGGACUUUCCCAAUGUACUGUGUGUUGGUCAAACCAAUGAGUGCUCUCAGACAAACCCUUGUUAUGUUGGCACAGAGAAACUACCAGCUGUAGUCAGUCAUGAUCACUAACAGGAAGGUAAGAGGCCUUGGCAAGUUCAGACAUUUUGGAACUUUCAGCACCACUGACUUACCGUAAUAAUCUAAUUGGGUAUAUGUAUAUUUUUGACCCGGUACUGAUUUCAGAAAACUGAAAAUAAAACUUGUGCACCAAUUUCUUGGGAUUUUUCUUUUCUAUUAAAGUUGUAUGUUGUACAGUCAUUCUGCUACAAACUGUUCACAGGUCACUGAAAGCCCAAUAUUGCCAUGACCUUCAUGCACCUGUAUGUAAACUUGUGAUCGUAACUGUACUUACAGAGCAUAUUUUAGUUUUGACAGCUUUUACACACAUUGUUGAAUAGUUCCUCUUUUUAAUGAUUAUUUUCUGACAAGGUUUUUUUUUCGUUCAACAUGUAGUUCAAUAAAAUGUGGUGUAUAGUAGUAGUUA